CUAGGUAUCAGUUACAAUAUGUCUUAAUAAAUGUAAAUUUGUAAUAGUAUUAAAAUAAAAUGUAGGUACGUGAGCAGACAUAUUCAGUGUAAAGUUGCCAAAAUUUGUCUAAUCUAACCCUUAGCUUUUGUACUUCUUUAAGUAUUUAAAUUUUAAGUCUUCAAGCACCUAAAUUCAUUUUAUCAACUUCAUUUUACUCAAAAAGAAAGAUUAUUCAAAUACUGUCAUGCAUUCGGAUACUUUAACGGAAUACGUGUUGGUGAACUACCGAUGGGUGUUUGUGGUAUUCUUCCUCUUGCCUUGCACCGUUUUGGGAAAGAUGUGGGCAGUCUUCGAAAAAAAAUCAUGGUCACGCCGCCGCCGUAGUACCGGACUUGACCACGAGAAAAAAGUCGAAAACAUUCAGUGUGAGGUACGGCAUAAAAAUUUACACGCUCCAGGCCGCGUGAUGUGUACGGCCAGACCUAGUUGGAGAAGUAUGACUAUCGCUGAAAUGACGUACAAGAAACGCAUGUUCAACAUAAACGUCCAUUUGGAUGAGAUGAUUUCUAUCGAUAGCCACAAUCGGACAGUCAGGGUUGAACCAAGUAUUACAGUGGGUCAAUUAAUUCCAAUAUUGAUCCAAUCGGGGUGGACAGUACCCGUCGCCUUGGAAUUGGAAGAUUUGACUAUCGGAGGAUUAGUUAUGGGCAUAGGAUUGGAAUCUUCGUCUUUUAAAUUCGGGUUGUUUCAUAAAACGUGUACGCGAUACGAACUCGUCACAGCUGACGGCGAUUUGAUCACAUGUUCAGAGUCAGAGAAUCCAGAUGUUUUCCGAUGUAUUCCAUUUUCGUAUGGCACACUGGGAUUUUUGACGGCUAUCGACAUCAGAAUAAUACCGGCGAAAAAAUACGUCAGACUCCAGUAUCGGCCAAUUAGAUCUUUGGAAAAAAUCCAAUCCAGUCUUAUCGCAGAAACAAUUGAUGUAGAAAACAAUGAUUUUAUCGAGCUAUUAAUGUUUGGUAAAAAUGAAGGUGUUCUGAUGACUGGACAAAUGACAGAUGGCGAUCAAAACACAAAAAAUGUCAACAAAAUUGGUCGAUUUUAUAAACCAUGGUUUUUUAAGCAUGUUGAGUCAUUGUUAUUGUCACAGAAGCAUACCGAAGAAUAUAUUCCUUUAAAAGAUUAUUACUUUAGACAUAAUAAUUCUUUAUUUUGGGAAGUACAGGAUAUAAUACCUUUCGGAAACCAUCCAUUAUUUCGUUAUCUAUUAGGAUGGAUAAUGCCAGCAAAAGUGGCACUACUGAAAUUAACACAAACAGAUACCAUUAAACAAUUGUAUGAUAAACAUCAUUUUAUAGAUGACUUCAUACUACCUAUCUCAAAUCUGAAAGAGUCCGUGGAAAAAUUCCAUGAACAUUUAAAUAUUUAUCCUAUUUGGGUAUGCCCAACUGUCUUAAGCCCGAGCAACGGUCUAGUACAUUCACAUGCACCAGUAGACAAAAUGUACAUUGAUAUCGGUUUAUAUGGAGAGCCUAAAGUGUCCAAUUUUAACUCGAGUAUCGUUAAGAAUUUAGAACUAUUUGUACUCAAGUUGAAAGGGUUUAAGAUGAUGUAUGUUGGUACUUAUUUGAAUGAAUAUGAGUUCAAGAAAAUGUUUAAUCAUUAUUUGUAUCAGAGUAUAAGAAUCCAGCUUAAUUGUAAACAUAACUUUCCUGAAGUCUACGACAAAGUGAAUAAGAAAGUUAGAAGAUAAUAUUAUCUUAAUACUCUAUAAAAUCAAAUCAAAGAAUGUUAACAUUUAAAAUCAUCUCUAAUAUUCAAUUACAUAACUUUUAAAUUAUAAUUAUUAUGUACCAAGUGAAGUAGUUAGUAAUAAUUUACCUAUACAUACAUAUUUUACUGAAUAACAACUAUGAUAUCAAAUAAUAAAUUGUAAAUCUUAUAAUAUUUCUCACACUUUAUGUCGCUAAAAUAUGAUUAAUAGUAUAAAAAGUAAAAUAACAUAAAACACAAGAUGUUUUAAUAUUUCAUAAUACUUA